UUAAAUGACUUUGUUGUUCGAUGUGGAGGCAGGCAGCAUACAUAUAUGUUGGAUAGUGGGCAUUGUAAAUAGCCUAAUGGAUAUAACGUGCUUGUGUGCACAUUAUUUAGCGUCCAACCAUCGCUCAUUCUGAAAUAUCUGACGACCGAUGAACGAGGACUCGUCGGCGAUAUCCACCUGACAGCGGUUACAACACAGAUAAUAAACAACAAAGACCGAACCGAAGUGUCGCUCUCAGAUCCAUCCCUACAGAAAUCUGUCAUAUUCGGUUGUUUUAAUGCGAAACCUGCUUUAUUGUGCCACCUUGUAAUUUAGUUCCACUGAUUGUAUUGCACACAUUUUUUUUGCAUAUUUGGCGUACACGGCUGGAAUCCAAUCACCUCUCACGCGGCCGUGCAUGGAAGUUUGGAGAGCGUGUUUUUAGCGAAUAAAUAGGGUCUUUAUGCUCUCAUAGUUCUAUACCUACACUGUAACCAAGUUGUCCUUGUCCAAUUGUACGUGUUAUUCGGUGGACCUGCAUCGAGCCUCAGCCCCUGGACUGACCGAACCAGCAUUCCAGUUCAUUUGACAGGCACCGCCUGAAUCAGCUGGAUUUGAUGUGCUUUUAGAAUCCGCUGGACGAAGAUGUGGGUGCACCCUGAAGAGGUGUUGCAGGCGGGUGCGUUGUGGAUAACCGAGCGAGCAAAUCCGUAUUUCAUCCUCCAGAAACGCAAGGGCCACGGGGACGGCAGAGGAGGACUAGCGGGUCUGUUGGUGGGAACACUGGACGUGGUGCUGGACUCCAGUGCUCGAGUGGCCCCCUACAGAAUCCUUUACCAGACACCUGACUCCCUAAUCUACUGGAUCAUUGCUCAUGGGUGCUCCCGUAAGGAGAUCACAGAGCACUGGGAGUGGCUGGAGCAGAACCUCCUGCAGACACUGUCCAUCUUUGAGAACGAGAAUGACAUCACUACCUUUGUCAAGGGCAAAGUUCAGGGUAUUAUCGCCGAGUACAACAAGAACCACGACGUGAAGGAGGACGAUGACACUGACAAAUUCAAGGAGGCCAUCUGUACGUUCCGUAAGCUGUUUGGCAUGCCUGAAGAGGAGAAGCUGGUCAACUACUACUCCUGUAGCUACUGGAAGGGCCGUGUGCCCCGGCAGGGCUGGCUCUACCUCAGCAUCAACCACAUCUGCUUCUACUCUUACCUGCUGGGGAAAGAAGCCAAGCUGGUGAUCCGCUGGGCCGACAUCACCCAGCUGGAGAAAAGUGCCACACUCCUCCUCCCUGAUGCAGUCAAGGUGAGCACGCGGGUGGCUGAGCACGUCUUCUCGGUCUUCCUCAACAUCAACGAGACCUUCAAAGAGUCUCAAUUUAAUGCUGCUAUUUAAAGACAACAGAUUAUGUUCCGAAUUAGAUUCUUGACCGUCUCUAGACUAGACAAUCUCUUGAACCUUGUUGUCUCACCCAGGGACCUGGAUGCCAGGGCUAAGAGCGAGCGUUACCGGGCCUUGUUCCGUCUGCCCAAGGAUGAGAAGCUGGACGGACACACGGGCUGCACCCUUUGGACCCCCUUCAACAAGAUGCACAUCCUGGGCCAGAUGUUUGUCUCCACUAACUACAUCUGCUUCACUUCCAAGGAGGAGACCCUGUGCAGCCUCAUCAUCCCCCUGAGAGAGGUGACGAUAGUGGAGAAGGCGGACAGCUCCAACUUUUUGCCCAGCCCAGUGUCCAUCAGCACCAAGAACAGGAUGACCUUCCUGUUCGCCAACCUCAAGGACCGGGACUUCCUGGUCCAGAGGAUCUCUGACUUCCUGCAGCAGACCACCUCCAAGAUCUACUUCGAGAGGGAGACCACCGGGAGUGUGAACAGCUCUGACGAUGAAGUGUACUCCCAGCAGGGCUCUCUCCUCUCCAGCAGUCCCCAGCGCAGCAGUCUGGGCUCAGAGGGCUCCUCCGAGGGUGAGCGCCAGUUUAACCUCAAUGACAACAGCGUGCCCACCGCCACCCAGGCCCUCAUGACCAUGUACCGCCGCCGCUCGCCGGAGGAGUUCAACCCCAAACUGGCCAAGGAGUUCCUGAAGGAACAGGCGUGGAAGAACCACAUCACUGAGUACGGCCAGGGGGUGUGUAUGUACCGUACAGAGAAGACCAAGGACCUGGUGCUUAAAGGCAUCCCAGAGAACAUGAGGGGAGAGCUGUGGCUGCUCUUCUCCGGGGCGAUCAACGAGAUGGCGACCCACCCUGGCUACUACGAGGACCUGGUAGAGAAGUCUAUGGGGAAGUACAACCUGGCCACGGAGGAGAUCGAGAGAGACCUGCACCGCUCCCUCCCUGAACACCCAGCAUUCCAGAACGAGAUGGGGAUUGCUGCCCUACGAAGGGUCCUUACUGCCUACGCCUUCAGAAACCCCAACAUAGGCUACUGCCAGGUACACACAUGGUAUAUGGUACACACAUGGUAUAUAGUAUACACGCAUGGUAUAUAGUAUACACACACAGACGCACCAGUCCUGUCGCUCAAGAUCCACUGCCAAAUUAGACAUCCGUCCACGUAAGCAGGACAUCUGGUAGACCAGGGUGUUUUUGAGGAGCUGGCCAGGGAGUGUCCCCAACUCUACGACUGCAUGCAGGACCUGGGAGUCAUCUCUACCAUUCUCUCCUGGUUCCUCACCCUGUUCCUCAGUGUCAUGCCCUUCGAGAGUGCCGUGGUGGUGGUCGACUGCUUCUUCUACGAGGGCAUCAAGGUCAUCUUCCAGCUGGCGCUCAGCGUGCUGCACGCCAACAUCCACCAACUGCUAAAUAAGGAUCAUGGAGAGGCCAUGACCGUGCUGGGAAGGUACCUGGACAGCGUGUCCAAUAAGGACAGCACCCUGCCUCCCAUCCCCCACCUGCACUCCCUGCUGACAGACGAUGGGGAUCCCCACCCGGAGGUGGACAUCUUCAAGCUGGUCCGCAGCUCCUACGAGAAGUUUGGCUCCAUCCGGGCAGACGUGAUCGAGCAGAUGCGCUUCAAACAGAGGCUAAGGGUCAUCCAGACCAUCGAGGACACCACCAAACGCAACGUGGUCAGAACCAUUGUCACGGAGACUGCCUUCAGCAUCGACGAACUGGAGGAGCUCUAUGUUCUGUUCAAGGCGGAACACCUGACCAGCUGCUAUUGGGGGGGAACGGGUGGCAGCAACCCCACGGAGCGCCACGACCCCAGCCUGCCCUACCUGGAGCAGUACCGCAUCGACCUGGAGCAGUUCAGGGGGCUGUUCUCCCUGCUCUUCCCCUGGGCCCCUGUCAACGGGGCCCACGCAGACCCCCUGGCCCUGCGCUUCUUCAGGCUCCUGGACCAUAACGGAGACUCUCUGAUUAAUUUCCGGGAGUUUAUUAGUGGACUGAGUGUUUUAUGCCAUGGGGAUCUGACUGAGAAACUGAAGCUCCUGUACAAGAUGCAUGUGAUUCCUGAGGUGACCCAUGAGCAGGAACCAGACUCUGCCUUCGAGGCCACCCAGUACUUCUUUGAGGACAUCACCCCGGAAACUUCCAAUGGCCUUGACCCCAAGUGCAAGAGCGAGAAGGAUGAUGGCUUUGUCAGGGUCACGUUCAAGACUGAGAAAGUGAAGAAACUGCACACCCCUGACUACCGCCACUACCUGAGGCUGUGGAACCAGGGCACCAAGAACAAACUGGACAACAUGAAGGAUCUGCCCAAACUCAACCAGAGCCAGUUCAUAGAGCUGUGCAAGACACUGUACAACAUGUUCAGCGAGGACGCCCAGGAGCAGGAGCUGUACCACGCCACGGCCACCGUCACCAGCCUGCUGCUGGAAAUGGGCGAGGUGGGCAAGCUCUUCUGCCAUUCCAAGGACCAGGAGGAGCAGGACCAGGAUGAUCCAGAGGAGGCCAAAAGCAGUUGGGCCAGCCCGAGAUGGAGGGACCAAGCCUGGGGGUGUCUUCCAGCAGAGGGGCCAGGGAGAGGGGAAGGAGGAGAGCCAGGGCCAGGCCCUGUGGCCCUGCGAAAGAGGGAUGGCAGGGGCGAGCAGCUGUCUGCCAUGGAGGACAUUAAGCUGGAGGACUCGUCCCCGAAGGACACAGGGACAUCGUCCUCCAUGCUCAUCUCAGAUGACGAGACCAAAGACGACACGUCCAUGUCGUCCUACUCGGUGCUCAGCGGCGGCUCCCAUGAGCUCGACGACAAGCUUCACUGCGAGGACAUUAAUGACGACACGGUCCUGGUGCGCAGCGAGAACAGGCCCCAUGGGGGGAGGGAACGGGCCUCACGGUGAAGGUGGGCCCCAUGGUAGAAAUGGGGGGGGCUGCCUCACAGCACCAGCAUAGAUAAAGACUGGGCCAUCACCUUUGAGCAGUUCCUGGCAUCGGUGCUCACUGAGCAGGCCCUGGUGCUUUACUUCGAGAAGCCAGUGGAGGUGGCCGCACGUAUCACCAAUGCCAAGAAUGUGAGGAAAGUGGGGUGCUCCCUACUGUCCGCUAGCGACUAUGAGAUCUCCCUGUCUGGGUAACUAAUGCCUCAAUGAAAAAAGAGAAUUUACAGAGAC